UGUAUGGAUAUUAUAGGGAGAAGUUACAUAUUUAUCACUUCUGGGAGUUAAGGGUUAAUCUUUUUUUUGUUAUGUCCUUUAUCUUUAAUCACAGUUUGUAACCAUACAUCGAACCAGAAUACAAAAAUGGUUGACAGGACGGUAGUAGGGGGAAACUAAAUUCCCAUGCUAAGACAUACCUUCAUUAAUGUGUAGGCAAUCGGCUUGACUGCUUUGGUGUUGCCUUUGCUGUGGUUGCCAUUUGUCAAGCUCUGGGCUUCAAUGAUGUCCACUUAGCUCUGUCUGAAGACCAUGCUUGGGUGGUGUUUGGUGAAAAUGCCGCAGAAACCGCAGAGGUAACAUGGCAUGGUAAGGGAAAUGAGGAUAAGAGAGGGCGCCCUGUGGACUUUGACAAGACCGCUGGCCAGAGCUGGCUAUAUCUGAAUGGGUAUCCUGUGAAGUGCACGCGGCAUAUGGAGGUGGCAUCUAUGGUGUCGUCCAUUAAUCCAGGCAUCACAAAUACAAGUGACAGUAUUGAACUGGCUAGUCUACAACAGGUAUGGGCAUAAAUUUUUAUGCCUUUGAAUUUUCAGAGAUUUUACAAGUUGUCUUUAAUUUGCAAGAAAUGAGAUCCCUGUGGAAUUAAAUCAAAAUUUCAUGAGUUAAAACACAGAAAUUAUUUUUUUACCCCUGCUCAAGUAUAUAUUUUAUCUCUCAUGCUUGAUUCUCCUGGUAUCUUUUUUUAUGAAAGAGUUGUAUGACUCAAAGUCUUUUUCUAAGUUAUUUUUUUUCUUGCUUUUCUAUCAACAGCAACUUCUGUGGUUACUCUAUGACCAAGGUCACCUCAAACGGUACAGUUCUCUCUUUUUUUUUUUUCAUCAAAUGUUUUAUAUUUGUAGCAUAACUUUCUACUGUUUACUGUUUUCUACUCUUUUUACUACGAGCGUUUUCAACAUGAGCCAUUAGGCUCGGGGGAUUGGGUAACCACCCCCAUACAUUACCGACAUAAAAUAAAUUGUAUUGUAUUGUAUUGUAUUGUACUGUUUUGUGUGUUGCAUUUAUAAAUAGAUGCCAUAGUAAACUUUUAUAUUGCAGAAGGUAGACAGUAUAAAUGGGUACAAGCAAAAUGGAAACCUGUAAAGGUCAUGCAUCGCAGUCCUGUAUUUCCAGCCAUGGAUGCCAACUUCAAAUACCUUCAUCUGCUAUAGAGAAGGAAAUUAAAUUAGGUUUUUACUGCAAACCUUAACAUAUUCACAAUUCUGUUCAGCUCAUGCCCUGUCUGAAAAGCUAUUCAAUCUGUCAAUCUGAAAAACUUAUUCACAGCUUGUUCAGCUCAUGCCCUGUCUGAAAAGUAAUUCAAUCUGAAAAACUUAUUCACAGCCUGUUUAGCUCAUGCCCUGUCUGAAAAGCAAUUCAGUCUAAAAACUUAUUCACAACCUGUGAUCAGCUGUCAUUGCCAUAAACUAAAGUUAAUUGUAAAUUGAAAAUUUGUUUUUGUCAUAGGUAUCCUCUAGCUUUGGGAAACCUUGGGGACCUGGAAGAGAUAUCACCAACUGUUGAUCGCCCACCAGCUGAAGAAAUCCUUAAAGAGGGAAUUAAAGUGAACCAAACUGUGUAUAAAGACCAGCAUAUUUAUCCUUACACUUACCUUGGUGGUUUUUACCACAGACAGAAGCAGUAUAUGAAAGCCAUUGACUGUUGGGUGAAGGCUGCAUAUGUGGCUGGAAAGUAAGACAGUAAAUUUGUUUUUGUCUAAUUUUUAUGACCAUAGUAAAUUGAUACCCCUUAUUUUUUUUCUUUAGUCUUAUUACUAUCAUUAACUCUUUCACUACCAAGAUUCUCAACUGCCUGCUGUACAAUUCUCAUGAUGUUAGUUCUGAGAAUUUGGCGUUGGAUCAAUUAGAAAAUCCCCUAAUUGAUAGUUUUCAUUUUUUCUCAUAACUUUUCUGCUUUAUAUUGUGUUUAUAUUGUAAGGGGAAAUUCUGCCCUGGUCAUGUAUGGAAGUUUAAGGGUUUGUUGGAUGUUACAAAUGAGCAGGUCAUCAUUUGGAAGCAGUUAUUUAAAGGUCACCUGUAAGCUAUGAACCUCUGAAAAUGCUCUUUAUUUUGUUAUAGGUACAACUAUUCAAAAGAUGAUGAGGAAAUAUUCAAAGAACUAUAUGAAAUUGCCAAUGACUUUAUACCAAACAUCCUCAAAGCCUCAACCUCAUCUGCAGAGAGUAGCGAAAACAGUGCUGCUUACAGGACUCCCAACCUCACAGAAGACCCAAGCUUUUUUGCUUUUGUUCUUCAGUUUUAUGAUGGUGUUUGCUUGUGGGAAGAAGGAGGUCAUACCCCAGUGCUCCAUGCUGAUUGGGCAAAAAAGCUUGUACAGUCUAUUUCAAGAUUUUCUCCUGAUUGUAGAUCAGCAUUGUCAUCUGCACAGGGAGGGUCAUUAUCUCCAGCAGCAGUGCCCAUGAAAAAUGAGUUGGGUGGAGUAAAACCUCCUGUUACUUCCAGUGAUAAGGUGGAGCACAGCAACUCUUUGCAAGCUGGUGUAGAAAACUCUAGUAAAGAGAAGCUUGUGCUCAAUCUGAAAAGUGCAAAAAUGAGAGGAAUGAGAGAUUUGCUGGCAACUAGUGGCAAAAUUAACACAAGUGCAAUCAAGCUGCAACUUACAGCCCAAUCACAAGUGAGUGUGCCAAAGAGUAGAAGGCGCACAUCAUUUAAAACCGACGAUUAUGUGUAUGACUUUGGCGAAGAGGUAGGAAAUGAAGAAGAUGAUAAUGAAAAAAAAAAGAGGCCAAGAAAAGUGAGAAAAACUGAUAGGGACUUUGUGGUAUAGUGGUUCACAGCAUUGCGCACAUUCAGUAUAUUUCAUGUUGGGCAGAGUAAUGUUGGAUGAUUUUUAUAUUAUGGAAUAUUCAUUACAGGUUCAGUAUACAGAAACAGAAGCCUCUAUUUGGCAUGAAAAUACAUAUGGUUAUUGUUGUGGACCUUAUCUUUUCCAAGAUGCAAACAGGUUUCCGAGAGCAAAGCUUGAGGAAAACUGUGAGCUUCAAGCUUGUGUUUAUUAUCCUUCAAAUAGUUUGCAACACGCUUGAAAAAAAUGUUUACGAACAUCUUACUGUAUGCAGCAUGGGAUUUUUUCUUUUGCAUGUUCCCUGUUCCCUGGAAUGUAAUAAACAAAAAAAGAUUUUCCUUCGUAACAAGCACAAAAACCUUCUUUCAUCUUGAAUUAGAUUUGAAAUGAAGACUCAUCAGAGUGGAUGUAGGUUUGAAAAUUGGGGAAUAUCACUUGGUUGAUAUUCUCAGAUAUUACCUAGUUUUAACUGGGGGAUAUUUAGUCAUGUGCUGCAUUUAAACCAAUUGUCUGUGUGCAAAACUAUAUUAUGGAUCAUAUAUAUGCAUACAUUAUGAACAGAUGUCUGACUUAUUGCCCUCAUUUAUCAUACACACAUGAUGUUUCUUUUGUUUGCAAUUCAACCAAAUAAUCAGGAAGAAAGCUUCUGAGAAACUCAGAGCCUUUCUUUGAGUUGCUCUUUCUUAAUGAAGAAGUAAGAACCAGGGUCAGAAUGUUUUUGCCUUUAUCACUGUAUCCACCUUAGUUUAACUUUCUCUUGUCUUGUUGUGAUGUAGGAAUGUGUGGUGUGAGUGGUAUUUGUCAUGUUUGAAUUAACCCUUAAACUCCCAGAUGUGUUUAACAUGUAGCUCAUUACCUAUAAUAUCCAUACAUUAUCCAACAAAAUGGCAAUGAGAAUACUUAAACCUAUUGAGCAGAAGUUGUUAUCCUGGUCUAAUACCAAAUUCUCAAAACUAUUUCACAAGGAAAAAUGUAGCUGAUAGAAGGGAGAAUUAACACUCAGACUUUGGGAGUUUAAGGGUUAAGGAAGAUUUAAACCACUUUUUGGAAGAAAAGGUCUCAUCACAACAUUCUUUCUCACUGCAUCAAUGUUUUAGGUAUAUCUCCCAUUGGCAACAGUUUUUGAAAUUUUUUUUUUUCUGGGAAGGAAUCUGAGACUUAUAGUUCAUGAGACUGAUGAUUUCUGUUUUUGUGGUAAAUUUGUUUUUUACACAAAUCAAAACAUUGUAAUGCUAUUUUCAUCAACAUUUAUUCGUGGGGUAACUAGUAGUCAUAUGCUAUAGGGUAGUAUUAAAUGUAGUAACCAGUAUUUUAGAUGUAGUUUAUUUUUUAUUUUUUAAAAAAAAGUUUUAUUUUAUCUAUGGUUAGCUCAUUCACUGCAUUUACACUCUGCACCCUUACAUCAGUGUGCACAUUCUCGAUACUGUUCUCUAAACAUUUUCCUGAGAUGAUGAUAAGGAGAAGUUGUUUAACAAUCAAGAGGUUAUUUAGUUGGUGAUCAAUUCCUUUAUUCUCGUGACCUUAAUGUGUAAUUUGGGGCUGAUAUUGUAAGGAGAAAUUAGAUGUUAGUCACUCUUAGGGAGUUAAAGGAUUAAUUUUACUCACCCAAUAGACAUUAGAAAGAAAAAAUUCAUCAUGUGGACUUGGAGACACAUGUUCUUCAAUCAUUAAAACUUUCCUUUUCAAAUCUGCCUUUUAUAUGCUGGGUAAUUAUGUUACUAAAGCUCAUCUUAGUUAUGAAAGAGUGUGAUUCACAUAUAAUUACAUGAGACCAAUGUUCUGCAUUUCUUUGACUCCAGGGAUUUUAUAUGUACAGAGAUUGUUUGAGAGAGUCAAAGGAAUAAGGAAGUUUAGUUUUUUUUUUCUUUUCAAGUCAACCCCAUCAUUUCGGAAGUAAGGUUUGUAGCAGGAAGGGGAGAUCUGGACAAGUUGGUAUAGCUAAGCACAAGGGUUUGUUCCCGUUCUGAUUAUUUAAUUAAUAAUCAGCAAUAGUUAAGAAAGAUGUUGAAAGGGAGUUGGAGAGGGUGGGGUGGGGGAAUGAUUUCUUAUGUCUGUCUUCACAGAAUAAUACACCUUUGGCACUCAACAUAAAUGAGUGGACCUAAAUUUGAAUCAUGGCAUGCCUAAGAUUCAGGGAAUCUCCUUUUGAUUCAGAUGUUAAUCUCAGUUACUGUUAACAUAGGUUUGUGGUAAAAUUUGGCCUAGAGAAUUUGUUCAUUGGGGUCAGUGCACAAGCAGUGUUUCCUCUGGAUUGUUGCCAUUCCAAAUUAUUGAGGCAUUCUCAAAAUUCGUGAUCUUUUUUCGCACUUUUCUCAUUAUUUAUCCCAAGAAUGAAAAUAUGAUACACGUACUUUAAUUAUCUACCCCAGAAGUUUAUAUUUCUUGACAGGCUCAUUUAAAGAAGUUUAUUUUAAUUGCUUACCAAUUUACUCUGAAAUUUUAAUUUUACAGUGCAACUGUUUUCUUUUAAUAAAACAUCUUGAAAAGCC